GGAACCCGAGCCCGGGACUCCCACACACCUGGGACUCUCACUCUGGCUUUUCCUUCGGCCAGUCCGCGGGAGACCCACCGUGGCGGGGAAGCGAGGGUGUGGAGCCAGUUGUGCAGAUAUUUGAGAGAAUGGCUUUGUGGUCUAGUGCCAGGACUCUGAGCGCUUACACUGCAAUCGAUGUCGUUGAGCCUCAGUAUGCCGAGCCGGGAAAUAGGGGCACAUGGGCAGUACCGGCCCCCUCUGCGUGUUGGAGGGCACAAUGCAGUGGUUGGACCAGAUAACUGCUAAGGUCCUUUCUGUCUGGAGAUUUUCAGAUUCUAGGGUGGUGUAGUGGGAAGAAAAGGAGCCAGUGAGGGGACUUGAAUGCUGUGGGUCUCUAUCUAAUGUCAUUGACCGGUGUCCAGACAGUGGGGGAAAGGGGACUUUUCUGCAGGGCAUCUUUUCCCUCACCAGUUUUCUUUCCACUGGAUUCCUUCUCCUUCUGUGCUCCUCCUAUCCCCAUUUUUGUCUCUCAUCUACUUCCUUUCCUCCUAAACAUUUUCUUUUCCCUAAUUUCAUUGCAGAGGUCACAUAUGCUUUCUUACAAAUAAAAUAGUUACUAAAUCCUUGAUGAAGCCAGAAAAAAAAAAAAAAAGGAGAGCCAGAAAAUCUGGAUGUUCUCUCAAUGUACCCCUUUCGUUGUAGGUGACAGUCAUAUCUUCUGUUCGAAGUUUCUGUCUCCACAAUUUAAAGUGAAGGCAAAAAAUUGGUAUUACUGUCCCCGUUGUUUUGCAGUUAGCAUUGGUUGUAGAAUAAUGCUACAACAUACAGGCUCCUGCUUUGAGGAUAUCCUGGUCAAAGAUGGGAUGUGGUGAGGAUUGCAGUUACUGUCAGAAUUGUUUCAGAGACAGCAAAGAAGGCAGCACCCCACGCCCGCAGUGGGGCUAAGAUACAGCACCCAGCAUCUGUGGCAGUGCUGGGAGCCUUCUUUCUCUCUCUCUUCCUCCUUGCCCUUUAGCCAUUAUAGAAUUCCUUUCUCUCCAUGGCUCUUUUCUUCGAUAGCCCCUCCCUAUCUCAGUCCUGUCAAAGUCUCCUCUGUGGUUGGUACCAAGUGCCAGGACUCUUGACCCCUUAUCUACCUGGCUAAUGGCUCUGUUCUCUGGUUGCCUUGUUGGUUGAUCCCUUGAGGUGGUGAUACCUAUUGGUGAUGGAGCAAAAUGAGCAGUUGGUGGGUGGUCAGCAGCUUGGCAUGGGAUGGGCCACUCACCAGCUUUAUGACCUCAGGCAAGUCAUUUUUACCUCCCUGGACCAGUGUACUCAUUACAAAAUGAAAAUCUGACCUAGAUGAUUCUAAUAUUGAGAGGGUGUGAUUUCCAUUAGAUAGAGUCCAUGAUUCCUUUCUUUUUAAAAUUGGCUGGGCAUGGGACAAGGCCAGUGGCUUCAAGUGUUACCCAGCCAGGGGAGGAGGAAGGACAUAGUCAAGAUGCCACAGAAGCUUUCCAAGGGAGAAAUGGUUUAUAAGUGAGAAUUGGUUUUCUUUCAAAUAUGUAAUGGAGAAAUGCUGGUGUCAGCAAAUAGUGGGGUGACAUCUACCUGGUCUGCGAAGAACUUGGGGUCAAUCAGAGUACAAAAGAGGCUCUGAAUGACCUGAAUUUCUUGAAGGUUUUAGUUAAUUCCUCACUAACAGGGCUUUGUUGAAUUGAUAACAACAGAAUGAGUUUUUCCUGAAAUGGAGAAGAUGGAGUCACAGUAAUAAUGACUACCCAGUGUAUAUGUAAAUCUCAUAUAUCCUUCUUAACAGCCCUUUGGGGCAGGCAGUUUUGAUCUCAAAUUACAGAGGAAGAGAAUGAGAGGCCCAGAAAGCCUAAGUGAUUUGUUGGUGAGUGCUUAGUUUGUGAUUGGCGCUGAUAGGUUCAGAAACAUUGUCUCUGGCCCUUGAUGCCCAGCUUUGCACCUACAAUCUUCAAGAGGUCUGGGAGGAAGACCAAGAUAUGAAGAGUUAGUGAAAGGCCAGUAUUGGCUUCCUAGUAACAUAAGAGGGUUAGCGAGCAAUGCUUAGUGGAAAGAGGAUGAAAAUUAAAAGUGAAAAUUCAAUGUAGCUGUAGCUACUAGGAAAUAAAAAUCUGGGAGCUGAAUUUCCAGUUAAAGGAAUACAUGAGUAGUUUCACUUUCUUGAAAAUGAUGUAACUACCAAUGAUACAACAUGAUUUCUGAUUGGAAAUAAUCAAGCAGAAACAAAAUGCAAGUUCUUGGUAGCAAGUCUGAACAAUUUUAUGAUCAGCAUAGAAACUCUGAUCUGAGGUCCCCAAACAAUUUUUUUCAAUGAUCAGGAUGUUUGAGGAUCUCAACUUUCUGAAAAAUUGUCUGAUGAUUUAACUUCAUUUCCUUGUGGGGACACAGCCUGAGUCUAGGCUGAAUCAUAACUCAAGAGACUGAGUAAAAGAAUAACUAGAAAGUAUCCCAAGAAGUUAAGCUUUAGCCUAGUGCCAAGAAAACCCAGAUAUCUACAGAUACAUCUGUUUUGCUUUCUGAAAGACUUCUAACAUUUUUACAACCAUUUCUGUCCCCAAGUAAGCCCACCCAAUGCUUUCCAUAAAAGCAUUCCAUACCACUGACAUUCUUCAGCUUCUUUCAUUGGGACUGCUGACUUUACAUAAGAAGAAGGGUCGGGAUGGGAGUCACAAACAGCAGACCCCAAGCCCUGAGAUCUCAUUAAUAAACCUAGUUGGGUGGCAAAAUGGAACUACGCUCUACUGCAGUGAAAUUCAAAGUACCAUGUAGAAGGGAGCCAUCCAGGCCUCCGAACAAAGACUAGCCCAGUGGUAGCUCUGAAUGUCAUCCCUGAAUCACUGGGUUUUUAAUAAAGUUGGAAAGGGCAGGGAAACAUGAAUGCAUGGGAGAAUCUUAAGCCUCUGGCUUUAGAAGUCUAGUUUCUCAGAGUUUAUUGCCUGACAGUGACAAGUAUCCUCCCAGCAUCCUAAGAUUAUAGGAUUAAACUGAGAGAAGAACUUCAGUUCUGACUCAUUCUUUGGGAAAAGAAUUACAUACAUAGCCUGGGUUUCUUUGACUAGUCAAGGGCAGCUUUCAUUGGCCUGGAAGUCUUGCCUCCAUUGGUGUAUGUUAGAUCUCUAGGGGGAGUUGAAGUCAGGGUAUUCUAUUCAGAAGCCUUUGAGAUCAAAGAGGGUGACCAGCCGCCCUCCCUCCUGGACCCCACAGAGCCUCUGUCAGAGAGCCAGCCCUGGGCUGGAGAGAUCUCUGGGAGGCCUAGUAAUCAUGGAGCUCCUGGCCAAAGGAAUGUUUUCCAGGGCAUAUUCAUGUAUUAGUUCCUCAAUUCCUCAUAGGAUAUUAUGGGAAAAUAGGGUGAUUGUUACAAGCCCUCUUCAACAGAGGAGAAAAAGCCACUGGGAGGUACAAUGAUAACACAUGAUGGAGUAAGUGGGCUUCAGAUUUUCAUCUUCUGACCCCAGUAUGAGAAUUUUGUGGAUAAGAGACCUACUUGCUCACACUCCCAGAGGGCAGGUAGCAAGCAGCCUGGGUGUGCACCCUGACAUAAAGAUUAGCAGUUCAUUAAACAGAGUUCAAGUUAUCCCCAGGAAUCUCUACUUAGCCUCGCCUCCAUCACUUCAUUUCCAGGCCUCCCACCUACCUUAAGGCCUGUCCCCCAAAAAUUUGCUCUGGUUUUUUGUUUUGUUUGUGCAAUAUAACAUAAUGCUGGUUUGUUUUUGUAAUGUGUAAUAAUAUUUGUUCAUUUUUUGCAAUGUACAAAUUAAGGGCAUGAAUCCUGGAGCCAAACUAACUUAAUUCCAAAUCCUGAUGCUGCCCCAUAUUAAUUCUGUGACUUUGGACAAAUGACUUAGUUUGUCUAAACCUCAGUUAUCUCAUCUAUAAAAGGGGGCUAAAUCCUAACUCACUGGGUUCUCAUGAGGAUUAAACGAGAUAGUGCCCCUAAGGUUUCUGGUAUGAAGGAGGCACUCCUUAAAUGUUUGAGACUUGCCAGAGGGCUUCUUCGCUGUCUGGACUGUGCUAAUGACCACAGAUCCCUGGUGAGAGGAAUGCCCAGACCACACUCAUCCUACACUCAUCCCUAUACUCAUUGCCCCUUGGAAACCAACUGCAGGGAGGAGGGGGAAUGGCCACUGCAGGAGGGAGUACACAGCAGGCCAAGACUUAUGGGGGACUCUUCCAAAUUGGGUCCGUGUAACUGUCAAUAUUUCUACUCUUUUUUUUCCUUUUGUCAUCCUUUUGGGUUCACUGAGCUAUAGAAUAAUAGAGGGAGAUGAAUUUAGCAACUACAUCGCUGAAGCUUCUCCCCCGGAAGUUGGGCCCAAGCAAUGGGAAUGAGAAAGCAAAAUGAUGCUUCAACACCCAGGCCAGGUCUCUGCCUCGGAAGUGAGUGCUUCUGCCAUCGUCCCCUGCCUGUCCCCUCCUGGGUCACUGGUGUUUGAGGAUUUUGCCAACCUGACGCCCUUUGUCAAGGAAGAGCUGAGGUUUGCCAUCCAGAACAAGCACCUCUGCCACCGGAUGUCCUCUGCGCUGGAGUCAGUCACGGUCAGCGACAGACCCCUUGGGGUGUCUGUCACAAAAGCCGAGGUAGCCCCUGAAGAAGAUGAAAGGAAAAAGAGGCGGCGAGAAAGAAAUAAGAUUGCAGCCGCCAAGUGCCGAAACAAGAAGAAGGAGAAGACGGAGUGCCUGCAGAAAGAGUCAGAGAAGCUGGAAAGUGUGAAUGCUGAACUGAAGGCUCAGAUUGAGGAACUCAAGAAUGAGAAGCAGCAUUUGAUAUACAUGCUCAACCUUCAUCGGCCCACGUGUAUUGUCCGGGCUCAGAAUGGGAGGACUCCAGAAGAUGAGAGAAACCUCUUUAUCCAACAGAUAAAAGAAGGAACAUUGCAGAGCUAAGCAGCCGUGGUAUGGGGGCAGUUGGGGAGUCCUCACUGAAUCCUCAUUUUAUACCCAAAACCCUGAAGCCAUUGAAGAGCUGUCUUCCUAUGUACCUCUAAGAUCCCAGCAGCAGAGAACCAACAAGGCGGGAGGUCCUGAAAUGACUCAGUGGGCCCUUCCCAUUCUGCCCCAGAGUGGGUCUCGGACCAGGGCAAGUGCAUCCUUGCCUCAACUCCAGGAUUUAGGCCUUACCACACUGGCCAUUCUUAUGUUCCAGAUGGCCCCCAGCUAGCGUCCUGCCUGCCUUUCAUCUGGAUUCUACAAAAACCAGGAUGCCCACCCUUAGGAUUCAUGCAGAAGUGUCUGUACCUUGGGUGGGAGGGAUGGGGCCAUCUCCUUCACCGUGGCUACCAUUGUCACUCGUAGGGGAUGUGGAGUGAGAACAGCAUUUAGUGAAGUUGUGCAAUGGCCAGGGUUGUGCUUUCUAGCAAAUAUGCUGUUAUGUCCAGAAAUUCUGUGUGCGAGAAAACUAGGCAAUGUGCUCUUUUGAUGUUUGUGUCACACAACACUGAUGUGACUUUUAUAUGCUUUUUCUCAGAUCUGGUUUCUAAGAGUUUUGGGGGGGUGCGGGGCUGUCACCACGUGCAGUAUCUCAAGAUAUUCAGGUGGCCAGAAGAGCUUGUCAGCCCCUGGAGAACAGAAUUCUCCCAGUGUUAACACAAAAUCCAUGGACAGCAUGAUGGCAGGUCCUCUGUUGCAAACUCAGUUCCAAAGUCACAGGAAGAAAGCAGAAAGUUCAACUUCCAAAGGGUUAGGACUCUCCACUCAAUGACUUAGGUCAGGAGUUGUGUCUAGGCUGGAAAAGCCAAAGAAUAUUCCAUUUUCCUUUCCUUGUGGUUAAAAACCACAGUCAGUGGAGACAUAUUUGGAAACCCCAGUCAGUGGAGCCUAGGUUGUGCCCAGGCUUCAGCAUUAUUGGAUGUCGAUAGUAUUGUUUUUGUCAUGUAGCUGUUUUAAGAAAUCUGGCCCAGGGCGUUUGCAGCUGUGAGAAGUCACUCACACUGGCCACAAGGAUGCUGGCUACUGUCUGUUAAAAUUCUGAUGUUUCUGUGAAAUUCUCAGAGUGUUUAAUUGUACUCAAUAGUAUCAUUACAAUUUUCUGUAAGAGAAAAUAUUACUUAUUUAUCCUAGUAUUCCUAACCUGACAGAAUAAUAAAUAUUGGAACCAAGACAUGGUAAA